AGCCAACCAGUGGUGGACCAGUGGGGUGGGCCAAGGGGAGACUAUGAUGUGGCAGGGAGAGAACUCUUCUGUGAUCAGCCGGCCAGAGUUAUGGCAGGAUGCUUCCUUCCAGGAUACACAGCGCGGCCAGUAUAUUGUUUAUCUCUUUGAUCCAACCCAGCACCCAGCUACAAGUGGUACUUCCUCCACAACAGCAAGGACAGCGGCAGCGACAUCAGCAGCAACAACGCCACACAGCUGCUGCUCCCCGGCGACCAUUUCACCAUCACCAACGGCAAGUUCCUCCUACACCGGCCCAGGGAGGAGCGGGACGUGGGCACCUACCAGUGCGAGGCUCUCAAUGGUUUGGGUUCCAUUCUCUCCGACCCGGUCAGGAUUUCGUAUGGAUACUUGCAAGAGUUCUCUAACGUGACCCCACGGCCGGUGACAGCGCGACAGUACCAAGGCACCAUGAUAAGCUGUAGGGCACCUGUCCACAACCCCGGUUUCUACCACUGUUCAGUGAUGCUCAUUGCUCCCUUGGGGCAGGACAUGGCCACCGACCAACCUCCCAGCAGGCUCAGCAUGGGCAUACAGCUCAUCAUUACUGGAGACUCUGCUCUGGAUUACGGACCGAUCAUCCACAACGAUUUUCCCCUUGUCACCCCUAGCCCGUCCUUGAGGGGAAACACCUUGACCUUGGAAUGCUUCGCUUAUGGAAAACUGCCCCUGCACUACUCGUGGACCAAGGACGGGGGCGGUGUUCCGGAGAAGGCCAGCCUGGCAGAACACGGACGCUGGCUCAUUCUGCCAGACGCACAGCUGGACGACUCGGGGAACUACACGUGCUACGUCACAAGGGGCGGGGCUUCUAGAGACGUGCGCAAUCUACAGCUGGUCGUGGAAGCGGCGCCGUUCUUCAUCUUCCCUCUCCGUGACCAGCACGUGGACAUCGGCCGGCGUCUGUCCUGGCGCUGUGAGGCCAUGGGUCGACCUGACCCCGUCUACCGCUGGUUCAAGAACGCUAAGCCCCUCGUCUCGAUCAGGGACGAUCUUACAGUUAGUCAUUGUUAUCCUCUGUCUCGGGUGUUCCAGCUGGCCAAUGGGAACCUGGUGAUUCGUAACAUCCAGUUGAGUGACCAGGGCAAGUACACGUGUGUAGCGACCAACAGUCUGGGACAGGCCUCCAGUGACGGCGUGCUCAGGGACACGAGGGCGGGCUUCUCAGGCCUGUAUGUUAUCGGUGCCCAGUUACGUCACACUGGUCUGUACACCUGCACGGCCACCACCGUGGACUACAGCUCUUCUUACAGUGGACAUCUGCAGGUCAGAGGCCCGCCAGGGGAAUGUGCCGGUGUGUACGGAUACGUCCACGAGCGGACAGUGACUCUCUACUGGACACCCGGGCCUGAACACGGAGCAACCAUCUCCACCUUCUCUGUCUUCUUCAACACAGACUUCAACUCUACCUGGAGGGUCCUAGCGCAAGGUGUACCAAUGUCUGAGGUAGCCAUGGAGAUCAAGGACAUAAAAAACACACGACGAUGCCGUAUGGAGACCCCUGACCUCAAGCCGGGGUCCUCGUACCGCUUCCGGGUCGCAGCGUUCAACGUGUACGGCGCGGGACCGCCAUCUUUACCAUCUAGUGAGUCACUAAUACGACAGUAA